AUUUUCGUCAAAACGAUGGCGACAUUCAGAAGUGAAUUUAACAGCGUGCCGAGCACUUACCCCGAUCGCCUGACGGCUAUCCGAAAAAAGCUGACCACGUGUUUCCAUCAGUGGCACAAGCAGCUGCAGCUUUUCAAGCAAGACUGCUCCACGUUGCGAGCGAAAAGUAUUUACUGGCAGAAAUUUAAAAAGAUUUACAACAAAAAAGCCGCACAGCUUCAGCAACGGGAGCUAGUAAAGCUUAUCAGCCAAGAGGAAGUCAUAGUCCAGGAGCAGCAGCUACAAUUUGUGGCCACGCUCUUUUCGUCGACAUUGAUAUCGAAAUUUAACUCGAAAAAUUCCACCAGCUGCAGCAACAUGACCAUUUUGGAUGAUUCGUAUAUUGGGGUGCGCGAUGAGUAUCCCGAUAUCGAUGCUGAAAUACGCGCCAUAUUAAUGGCCAAUGCCCAGAAUGGAGUCACGAUAUCGAGCAUCAAAAAUGAAUAUCGAAAUAUGACGGGCAAUACAUUUCCGCUACGCGAUAACAUCACUGACUUUCUGCUCACCAUACCGUACGUCACAGCUGAGUGUUGCGUGUCCGGCAAGCGGAUCUUUAAUAUCAAGCCCACGGAGGACACACGUCACCUGCACGACAUGGUGCUGAAUCAGCGACAGCGUGAAAAUGGCAACAGUAAAAACAACAAUCACAUAUCAGCCAUGCAGGAACCGCCACGUUUGUGGCGCUCCCAAUAUAGGCGACGUAGUCCGCAAAAUGAGAAUUGCAAUUAUAAUCUCAAUACCUGUGAGAAGCCACCAGCUGUCAAAAUAGCGCCAGAGCAGCAACUGGCCACUGCUGCAAUGACGCCAUUUUGUAUCUAUCAGGACAACUGGAAGCAUCUCAACAAUCAGUAUCAGCUAACACAGUUAGCAGCUCAGAACAACAACAAUCAAUUUCCCUGCAUUCGUUCGGAUCCUGCACAGUUACAAAUAGCACCACAACCGCCUGAACAGCUACAACACCAUCAGAUUGGAGAAUAUACACAUAAGCGACGUCAUGAAUUUACGCCCACGCCAACAACAUUGUCAUGUCCAUCGCAACAUGACUCCAUGUUCACCAUCAACUCGGAUUGUGAUGCAUAUCUCUUAGAUUUUCCAUUGCUGGGCGAUGAUUUCUUCUUGUACUUGGCGCGCAUGGAGCUAAAAUGUCGCUUCAAGAAGUAUGAGAAGGUGCUACAGUCUGGUCUGUGCAUCUCGGGACAAACCAUAAAUGCCGCUCGACAGCGGCUGCAGCACGUGGAACUGCAUGAGAUGACACAAAUCAUUGUUAACAUCGGUUCCGUUGACAUAAUGCGCGGCAAGCCGCUGGUGCAAAUCGAGCAUGAUUUCCGUCAGCUAAUCAAGGAGAUGCACAAUCGCAGAUUUGUGCCUGUGCUGACCACGCUAGCACCGCUGGCCAACUAUUGCCACGACAAGCAGACAUGCGAGAAGGUGUUGCGGUUUAACAAGUUUAUACGCAGCGAGGGACGUCAUCUUACCGUUAUUGAUAUACACUCAUGUCUGAUUAAUGAGAAUGGCGUUGUGCGCUUCGAUUGCUUCCAGAACGGGCCACGUAGUGUGACGGGCUCACCAGAGCCAUAUGUAUUCUGGAAUAAAAUCGGACGGCAGCGUGUGUUACAGAUGAUCGAACAAAAUAUGGAAUAUCACUGAGCAGGAAGUUUGAGUUGGAGUUGGAAUUGAAAUAGUCGGUCUGGCACCAGGCAUCGAGCUUGUACAAAAUUUUUACAAUUAUUCACGGAGAAUGGCAUGCUGUCUUUUUAGAAAAAAGCGAAAUUCAUAAGUUAAACGUUUAAUUUUAAUGUGUUUUAUGUUCGUAUCGUUAUGUGUUUGUCCCCUGUACUAUAUAUAAAUGUAUAUUCAUUGUGAUUGUCUUUCUUAUAUGUUCUAUGUGAUUCAACUAUCUCCUGAAAUAACUUUCCUUUUGAUGUACAUUGCGUUUUGGAUGCAUUGUUUUUGCUGCUAUCCCAAAAACAGUGAUCGAAAAUUCAAUGUGCCAUCAAAAUUGAGUUAUUCAAACAUGUAUUUUCCCUAGUAUUUUUCAUUAAGAUUUGGGCACAGAGCUUAAUGAAAAAUGCAAACGCAACUAAAACAUUGCCAUGUUAUAAACCGUAUAUUUCUUUUGUUUCUUCUGAACCAUCUUUGCCCAUGCUCAUGUAUAUAACUACCGACUUUUCUCUGUGCAGGACAGGCUACAAAAUAUACAUUUGAGACAUGUGUCAUUUUGGUUCAAUGAAAAUGUAUUCGCUUUAGUUAAUACUUUGCUUGCACCAAAUCAAUGCCGCGGCUGAUUUAAUAUUGUCAGUGCUAAGCGAAAAAAUUAAUUAUAGCGAUUGUGCAAUUUUCGUGCAUCUCUUUCAAUGUUAAUAUUAUUUGUACGCUGUACAUUAAACAGUCUGAUAACAUUUUAGAUUGUUUUCUUACAGCGUACGAUGAAAAGUAUUCAAGAUUCGAGUUUAAAUUAAUAACAAGUCUUUAUUCAAAAAUGGUAGUAAUUAUAAACUAAUUUAUUGUAUGUAUGUUUAAUGUAUGUGAUGAUGUAAUUUUUUUUUGUAUGUCCAACCAUAACAAGCAAUGUAAAAUCCAAAAAAAAAUAAAAAAGGGGAAAAACAAAUUGAUACGCUUUAUAGCUGAAAGCAAAAGACAUUGAUUCAAAUUAUGUUCGAAUGCAUUUUUCAAUAUUUCUUAAAUUUUUGAGAUUCAGUUUGGAAUGCAACUAAAUUCGAUUUAGAACAUAUCAAUAUUUGCUUCGGUAUUAAUUCUUUUUCUUAAUAAAUCAACCUAAACGCAAUGGAAA